UUUCAUUUUCGCAUUCAACUGAAAAAGGAAGAGGAAAACCUCUCAUUUUCUCUCUCUCUCUCUCUAAACACAGAUUUCAUUUCCAAUUCUCUAUCUCUAGAAAAUGGGAACAACAAUUCUUCGUUCCCACGAUUGCCUCCAAGGCCGGUUCCUCCACAACGAAGCCUUCGCCAUUGCCGCAUCACGUGUCGCAUCGCGAAGAAACUCUAAUCCUAACAAUAAUAGCUUCGCCUCCUCCGCCAAACCAAACCGCUGCCGGAAGCGGAGUCCGGUCACCAAUCGAGACCGCCGUCGAUCUCCGGCGAAGGCCACCUUGCCGGCGAAUCUCGUCAUGGGACACGUUAAGAUCCUGAAGCGAGGCGAGAAAUUGAGCCUCCAGAAUAAUACCAACCAAAGACUCGCGGAGAACGUUUCGAUGAAGAACGAUAUGGGCCUGGAUUUGUUAUUGGGCUCGACGGAUCGGUUGGGCCCGGAUCCAUUAACCAUGCAGAAGCAUAUUAGGGUUUCAGAUGCUAACAACAACGGCGUGUAUGCGGGAUCGGCGUUCGUCUCGUCGCCGCAUCCAAGUUCCGUUCCGGUGCCGGGAUUUCUAGGGCGGAACGGCGCAGCCACCAGCGAUUUGCGACGGUUGCUGCGACUCGAUUUGGAAUGAUAUUAUUUCGGUGUUUGCAGAUUAUAUUGUGUACUUAUGCAAUGAUUAGGUGAAGAUGGAUGAUGAUUAGCUCGCAUGGUCUCUGACGCGCUUCCUUUAUUUUUUCAAGAGGAUAGCCGCAGGGUGCGGGCACGUGAAGAAGAAACGGAGAAAGCAAUGCUUGAAGGUUUUUAGGGAGUGGAGAUUUGGUGUUCGGUUUCUGAAAGGGGGUGUUAGUUUGUUAGAUAGUGAUGCCGUUAGUUUUUAAACGCUGUUAAAAGACGGAAGGGUGGGGUUAAGAAAUAGAAAUGUUGGUCUGAUGCAUGUGAAUCUAGAAUGUGUAGUUGAUGGGGUUUCGUAUGGGUAGAAAGAAAGUUUGAUGCGUUGUCUGUUUUAGGUGGUGUUUGUAUGAUGUUCAGUUCUCAUUAUCAUGCUGAUAAUAUGUAGUUGUGAAUCUUUAUAUUAGUAAUACAAGAAUGUUUCUGAUAUUAGCUUUA